GAGGUUGAUGAAUUCCUGAAGAAAAGCUUUGUUUAGUCAGAAUGUGGUAGCAGCUCGCUAACGCUACUUCACCUCAAAUAGCUGUAACUUUCAAAAGUUUACGGGCACAACUGUUUUACGCUAGAUUGCUGUUCACAUAAUUCAGCAGCAGCUGUGACUGUACCUAAUUUGGUAGUCGUUUAUUUGUUUUGAAUCAUGGUGUGUUGGGGGGCUGUUAUGCGCAGACACGGCGCUGCUCUCUUCAGACAGCAUGUCUCAUCACCUCUUCAGUGUCUCCCAAGACCAGCAGUGGGUAAAUAUCAGAGAGGACUCCAUUUAACAAGCACGGCUAAGACGUACGAUGUACGAAAAGUGGAGCUCACACCUCUUGAGCAAAGGAAACUGACAUUCGACAGUCAUGCAUUUGUGAAAGAACUGGAAGCUAAUGGCUUUGAAAAGAAGCAAGCGGAGGUGAUUGUGACAGCACUGGUGACUCUCACAACAGCCAACAUGGACAUUGUGUAUAGAGAUAUGGUAACAGGAGCCCAUCAGGAAAUUGCCCUGCAACAAAUUAUGUCUCAUCUCGAUUCUAUUAGGAAGGACAUGGUUAUUCUGGAAAAAAGUGAAUUUGCCAACUUACGCUCUGAAAAUGCAAAAAUGAAAAUUGAACUUGAACAAAUCAAGAACAGGUUGCUUGAGGAAAGUCAAAGGAUUCGAGCAGAUGCCAAGUUGGACAUUAAUCUAGAGCGAAGCAGAGUUACAGACAUGUUUACAGAGCAAGAGAAAAAACUAAUGGAGGUCAACACAGAUUUCCACAAAAAGAAUGCUGAAAUUGAAAGCAGUGCUGUACAAACCACCAAAAAAAUAGACAUAGAAGUGGCUUCAUUGAAGACUCUUCUGGAAUCACUCAAACUUCAGACUGUUCGAUAUCUUGCAGCAUGCAUCUUCUCCUGUUUGGCAAUUGCCCUGGGUUUCCAUCGCUUAUGGAAGUGAAAAUAACCAAAGAAACAUUUUCUGCUAUCAUUUUGAAAAUUUGUUGUAAUAUUGUAGUAAACAUAUCUUGACCAUAUUUAUCCCAAUGUCUUUGUAAGAUGCUUUUUUUUAUAUAUCAUCAUAAUUUUGAUUGUAUUACGUUUAAACCAACCUUUUGUCAGUCCAUUGACACUGUGUACAAUCUUGUUUUCCCAGUAAAAUAUGUGAUGUUCUGGCCAA